AUGAGUAAUAUAUUAAAUGUUUUUAAUCCUCCACCAGAAAGGGAUCUUGAAAAAACGGCGACUAUGGAUUGUGUUCCCUGUCAAAUUAUGGCUACUAUGUUUUCAAUUGGGUUUGGUUCUUAUUUAGCUUCUGGAAGAGCCACAAAAUAUGGCAAGAAGGAACAAGCCAAGGGAGUGACAUUGCAAGAGUUUGAAAAAAGGAAUCCUAAAUGGUGGAGAUCGUCUUUAAGAGGAUUUGGUGCUGGGUUGAUAAUGUUUGGAUUAAUUAGAGGAUCCGAAGGUUGGCUAUGGAAUCCUCGGAAGGAAUAUAAGAAGUUAGAUUAUACAAACGAAUGA